AUGGACACGGCUGAUGGUGGCAUUAUUGGCAAAGCAACAAAGGAGAACGAAAAGUGCAUGGAGCCGGAGUGUCGCGAGGAAGACGUGGAGGUCCCGGACCCGGAGUGCCCCACGACGGAGUGGUCGGCCUGGUCGCCCUGCUCGGCGUCCUGCGGCGCGGGAGUGGCGCUGCGCACGCGCCUGCUGCUGGUGGCGGCCGCGCGCCAGCGGGCCUGCGCCGCGCGCCGCCAGCUGCUGCAGCAGCGCGCCUGCCGGGAGCGGGACAGCUGCCAGCUCGACAUGCUCACCGCCAAACGUACGAUAUGCACGCUUCACUAUGUCACGCGCCUGCUGCUGGCGGCGGCCGCGCGCCAGCGGGCCUGCGCCGCGCGCCGCCAGCUGCUGCAGCAGCGCGCCUGCCGGGAGCGGGACAGCUGCCAGCUCGACAUGCUCACCGCCAAACGUACGAUAUGCACGCUUCACUAUGUCACGCGCCUGCUGCUGGCGGCGGCCGCGCGCCAGCGGGCCUGCGCCGCGCGCCGCCAGCUGCUGCAGCAGCGCGCCUGCCGGGAGCGGGACAGCUGCCAGCUCGACAUGCUCACCGCCAAACGUACGAUAUGCACGCUUCACUAUGUCACGCGCCUGCUGCUGGCGGCGGCCGCGCGCCAGCGGGCCUGCGCCGCGCGCCGCCAGCUGCUGCAGCAGCGCGCCUGCCGGGAGCGGGACAGCUGCCAGCUCGACAUGCUCACCGCCAAACGUACGAUAUGCACGCUUCACUAUGUCACGCGCCUGCUGCUGGCGGCGGCCGCGCGCCAGCGGGCCUGCGCCGCGCGCCGCCAGCUGCUGCAGCAGCGCGCCUGCCGGGAGCGGGACAGCUGCCAGCUCGACAUGCUCACCGCCAAACGUACGAUAUGCACGCUUCACUAUGUCACGCGCCUGCUGCUGGCGGCGGCCGCGCGCCAGCGGGCCUGCGCCGCGCGCCGCCAGCUGCUGCAGCAGCGCGCCUGCCGGGAGCGGGACAGCUGCCAGCUCGACAUGCUCACCGCCAAACGUACGAUAUGCACGCUUCACUAUGUCACGCGCCUGCUGCUGGCGGCGGCCGCGCGCCAGCGGGCCUGCGCCGCGCGCCGCCAGCUGCUGCAGCAGCGCGCCUGCCGGGAGCGGGACAGCUGCCAGCUCGACAUGCUCACCGCCAAACGUACGAUAUGCACGCUUCACUAUGUCACGCGCCUGCUGCUGGCGGCGGCCGCGCGCCAGCGGGCCUGCGCCGCGCGCCGCCAGCUGCUGCAGCAGCGCGCCUGCCGGGAGCGGGACAGCUGCCAGCUCGACAUGCUCACCGCCAAACGUACGAUAUGCACGCUUCACUAUGUCACGCGCCUGCUGCUGGCGGCGGCCGCGCGCCAGCGGGCCUGCGCCGCGCGCCGCCAGCUGCUGCAGCAGCGCGCCUGCCGGGAGCGGGACAGCUGCCAGCUCGACAUGCUCACCGCCAAACGUACGAUAUGCACGCUUCACUAUGUCACGCGCCUGCUGCUGGCGGCGGCCGCGCGCCAGCGGGCCUGCGCCGCGCGCCGCCAGCUGCUGCAGCAGCGCGCCUGCCGGGAGCGGGACAGCUGCCAGCUCGACAUGCUCACCGCCAAACGCGUGUGCAUGGAGGAGGCGGACCCGGGCCCGUGUCGCGGCCAGUACCAGCGCUGGAGCUUCAUGGCGGCCAAGGGCAUGUGCGUGCCCUUCCCGUACGGCGGCUGCCGCGGCAACCAGAACAACUUCCUCACGCAGGAGGACUGCACCAACACCUGCAGCGUCUUACUCGGUGGUGGACCACCCGGUGGCGUACCGCAGCAGGCGUCACCAGCGCUAAGCAACAACCUGCCGCAGCUCAGCGUCGGCUUCGGAGCGCAGGAACCGAACAGCAUUAACGGUCCCAGCCUGGCGGGCGGGCCGCGGCCGGGCGACUGCCAGGUGAGCGCGUGGGGCGACUGGAGCAAGUGCUCCGUGAGCUGCGGCUCCGGCUACCAGGAACGCACCAGGACCAUCGUGUCGCCGCCGGCUCCGGGCGGCGCGGCGUGUCCCCGCUCUAUGGCGCGGCGCAGGCGCUGCUACCGGAAGUGUUAGCCAUACUCCUCCUUAAUUAUAACUAACAGAGGCUCGUGCACGCUGAACCACUUAUAUUCAUCGUUUAUUAAAAGAUAGUUGUAAGUUUCAACUACUGAGAUUAUUGAUUAUUCUCUUCUUUUUAUUACUUCAUUAUGUCUGUAUUUCAUCACUAUCAUCGAUGUCUCGUUAAUUCAAUGUUUCAGUGUGUACCGGUCCGUAAACUUACUUAACAUAAUGCAUUUUUUAAAGAUUUUAAUAUUUUCCACUUUUAUAUUGUACACAGCUAGCGAAACCAAAGUCAUUUAGUAAUAAAGGCUUCCAAGAAA